AUGACUCAACCAUCAGCACAACCCCAACUUACGCCACAAUUUUGCUUUUCAUAUGGGACAUUGCGAGACUUUCUACGAUUGUCAAGAUCGUCGAUAGAUGAUUCAAUCACCCAGAAUCUCAAUGCACUGCUGACGCCGUCACGAUUCGGAUUCGACCCAUCUUCUACCUUGCAACGCACUUCCCGCCCGGCUUCGAAGCAGAUCGACUCUCGAUCAUGCUCGGAAUUCAAGGAAAAGGUUCUGUUCCCGUCCUGGGAAGCUCGGACUCAAGUCCUGAAUUAUUGUGCUUUGGUAGCGGCGAGUCCGGACCCCGAUGAUCCGGACCGUACAAUCAGAGAACUUGAAAGAGAGCAAGACCGUGACCGAAUUGUAGACGAACGAUUAGACCCAUAUUCCGGUAGAUUCUUCCCCCGCGAAGCCCGUACCGAGAGGCUGGCCUCGCUUGUUAGACAAGAACGAGGUGUCGAGGAUAUCGUGCGACAUAGAACAUGGGAGGUGGUGCAGCAAAGAUGUGGCGGCGACCCUUUCGAAAACUGGGAAGGUAACAUCAGCAAAUGGAGGAAGGCUCAAAAUCCGAAGCCAUCGGUUUAA